AUGGGGAAGGCUCUAGGCAAUUUCAGGGCCAUCUAUCUGGUAGCCCUGUGCUGCACUGGCUCAUUCCUCUUCGCCUACGACACUGGCGUCAUCGGUGGUGUUCUAAGUUUUGCAUCCUUUCAAAAAGAUUUCCAAUAUACUACAGCCCAGAAAACAUCAGUGGCGUCCAAUGCGACGAGUCUGUUACAAGCAGGAGCCUUUUUCUCGUGCUUCUUCAUUUGGCCCUUCACUGCACGCUUUGGUCGGCGCUGGUCUCUCGUGCUCGCCUCGGUCAUCUUCAACAUUGGCGGUAUCAUUCAGGUUAUCAAUACUCACUCUCUGGGUGCCUUUUAUGCUGCGCGAGUGAUCAGUGGCAUCGGAGUGGGGAUGGCGACCGUCAUCGUCCCUAUGUACAGCGCAGAAAUGGCACCCAAAAACAUUCGCGGGUCACUCGGCUCCAUGUUCCAAUUCUUCUUCACGCUGGGAGUCAUGACCUCAUAUUGGAUUGAUUACGGUGUAUCGAUACAUAUGGGAACUACGACAUCCCAAUGGCAGAUCCCAAUAGGGCUUCAGUUACUUCCUGGCGGGAUCCUUGGGCUCGGCAUGUUGCUCACCAAGGAGAGCACUCGUUGGUUAGCGAAGAAGGGGAGAACCGAUGAGGCUCUGAAGUCUUUGAUCUGGGUGCGCGGUGGCGAAAACAGUGUCGAGGUUCAAGAAGAAUUCGCGGAAAUCAUGGCUGGCAUACACGAAGAGGAAAGAGUCACGGAAGGGUUCACCUGGAAAGAGGCUCUCCUGCCGGCAAACCGUUAUCGCUUCAUAAUUGUGGUUACACUACAAAUUGGUGUACAACUUACCGGGAAUACGUCGUUAGCUUAUUACGCUCCACAAAUCUUCACUGCUAUUGGUGCAGGAAGCCAAAGCCUCUUCAUUAGCGGCUUCUUUGGUGUUGUCAAGGUUGUUUCCUGUCUUUUCUUCCUGCUCUUUCUUGUGGAGCGCAUUGGCCGCCGCGGCUCUCUGUUUGGCGGUGCUUUUCUCAUGGGAGUAUAUAUGCUUAUCAUCGCGUUGUUAACGGCCACGCACCCUCCAGUGGCUGGUCAGGGGUUUACCAGUACUGGAGCCGCCGCUGUUACUAUGGUCUAUCUUGAAGCAAUGACCUAUAACAUAUCGUGGGGGCCUGUCUCGUGGCUUUACAUGGGCGAGAUCUUCCCAACACGGCUACGUGAGGCUGGCAUAGCAGUGGGUACUGCAACGCAGUGGCUUUUCAAUUUUGUCUUUUCCCAAGUUACUCCAUAUGCGAUCAAUAACAUAGGAUGGCGAACAUUCCUCAUGUUCUGCAUCUUCAACUGGGCGUUAGCGGUAUAUGCUUGGUUCUUUAUCAAGGAGACCAAGGGCAGAUCCCUUGAGGAGAUGGAAGAGUUAUUCGGAUCGAGUCAGACGGCUAUUGAUGUUGAGGCGGUUCACCGCAAAGCCCGUGAACAAGCGGAAAUAGAACAAUCUGUGGGCGAAAAAUGA